GCAGAGGAUCUGGGGGGAGUCUCCCAGGUUCCAGGGACAGCUUGCUUUUCCUCCUCUGCACUGUGAAGCUGCUAUUAGUGAAGUGGAUUUCACCUUUAAAUCACUGACUAUUUCUGCGUGUACUUUUUUUUACCCCAGAAUAAAGUAUUAAAAUAAGAAAAAGAGUGUCCACACAGGACUCUCAAGCUGCUGAUUCGUUCUUAGUAAAUAUCUUGCACCAUAAAUGGUUUUAUUUCUAGCUAGACAAACACCAAACCUUUUCAGAAAGGUAUGAUGUCAAGGUUCCAAGUUAACUGUUUUGUGAAAAUAAUACCUUUACUGUAACUUUUCCAAAUGAAACUAGUAUUUGGGCAGUAAUCUGAGAAAGAAUAUGAGGUUACAGGCAAGGAAUUGUUAUAGGAGCAUAAAUCACCUUUUAAUAUUAUUUUCUUUUCUCAUCAUUGGCAACGUAAAUACUAUAGGAACAAAAGAAAUGUCAUAGCAGUCUCCUUAUCCUCUUUACAGGUGGAAAACGUUUAAUGCAAUAAGAAUAAGUGAAAGGGGGGGGUUUUAAUGUUGACGAGAAAUUUGCAGCUCUGUGCAAGGCUACAUAUUGGGGGAGGGAACCAUCUGUAUCGGUCUUGCUCAAACACCAUUAUUCUUUUGAGCUGAAAGUGUUCUUAUGAAAUACUUGAGUGUCAAGGUGUGAAAAUAGGUGUGUCACGGGUCCAGGUGUGAAAAUAGAUCAAACGCUGACACUGGUUGCCUUUUGCCUUCCCAUCAACAGCAGGAGGAGUUCAGGUUUGGGGGCUCAUACGUCCGGCUGAUGUGUCCAGUUGUUUUAACUGCUGGUGGAAUUCGCUGGGUUUGGUGAUCGAGCUCUCACUGGGACAGAGUAUUUUGCUGGGGAUUUAAGAAAGACAGCAGUUACCAUAAGAUUAAAAAUACGCUCCCAAGGACUGGCAACAUGAACGUUUUUCUGCUGCGUAAAUGUUAAGUCGUAACAAACCAAGAAUAUCCACAUGCUUUAAAUGUGUUAAGUGUGUUGUGUGGCAGGAGGCCAAAGCUCGAGUCUUCAGUCAUCUGGGAAGUGUCCAGUGAUGACAGUUCUCUUGAGAGGCAGCCAGUUUCUGCAGAAAACUUGUUCCAGUGUUUACGCCGCAGAUACGUGAAGCCUCCUGAAAAGAAAAAGCAGCUUUCUCGAUGACUAGCAAAGUUCGUUUAUGAGACUGGAAAUAACCGUGAUAUCAAGCAUCCGUCUGGAUGCAGAGGUCUUUCCACAGCGCCCGCGCAGCGUUGGUAAACGGAUUUGCGGAUUUGCAUGGGGUAAAAAUGGAGGCAGAAAUAAACUUCUGAAUUGAACCUCGGCCCAAGGAAUGAUGGCUUCUCAGCCGUAUACACAUGCUUUCAAUAUCUCCCCAAUAGAGAAUAGGAGAUUGUGCAUAAAUGGAACACCAUGGAUUUGGCAUCUCCUGGAAGAAUGUGUCGAGAACGCGUGGGAGUAUUGGAGCGUUGUCAUAGGACUGAUUUCCAUUGUCUGUUUUCUGUUUGCUGCACUACCUCAAAUUUACGUCGCUUAUCGGAAUGGAAGAGUGGAUCAAGCGCUGUCUUUGGGCUUUCUGCUGUGUUGGAUAGCUGGAGAUCUUACCAAUUUCGUGGGCUGUUACUUAACAAAUCAACUGCCAAUUCAGACUGUCACUGCCAUUUUUUAUGUUAACAUGGAUAUAGUUAUGAUUUCACAAUUUGUCUACUAUAAGCUCAAGAAUCAGAAGAUGACAAAAUGCAGCAAGAGCCUGAAGAGUUUUUGUAUAACCUGGAUCAUGGUGUGCAUAGCACUGAGUGUUAUUUUACUCUGUCAGCUGUUACUAAGAAACCAAGACCAGAGUACAGUAAUGGAAAGAAGUAAUAAUUCUCUUGAUAUGAUUGAAAUGUCAGGCUUCAUUUGUGGCUAUAUAUCCUGUGUGUUUUACUUGGGAAGUAGAUUUCCUCAGCUGUAUAAAAAUUUCCAGAGAAAAUCGACAGAAGGCACCUCUUACCUGCUGUUUGCAUUAGCCAUGAUGGGAAACUGUACAUACGGACUGAGCCUUGUUUUGAAGAUGCCAACUACCGAAUCCUUCCGCGCCCUCUACUUCAUACACCAUCUGCCAUGGCUCAUUGGGAGCUUUGGAGUUUUGUUUCUAGACGUUUUUGUGACUGUGCAGUUUGUCCUCUAUGGGCAGCCCAGGGGACGGCGGCCGGGGCCGGUAGCGCUGGAAGUGGAGCCCUUGCUGGUGAACGAGGAGCCUGCCUAGUGUCGGGCUGGGUUCUGCUCUGGGUUCCGCUGGAUUUUGCUCCUGGAUGACUUUGACAAACACUUGAAAUCGCAGUUGCUUAGGGACCACAUUUAGUACUUACUUUUUAUUAUUUAAUUUGUCAUUAAUUUGUCGUUGUUUACUUGAGAAUGACAUGCCAAUAAUAAAAUAUUUAAUAUUUACUGUAUUGUUUCAGCAUAGAUACAAUUUCCCCCCCCCUAUUUUUUCCCCCUAAUUUUAGCUGUUUCUCCCCAAAGUAUGAUAUUGAGUCACAGCAGUAGGCGCUGUAGAAUUAUUUAUUUGCCAUCAUGCUACAGUGCGUACCGUGGGAUGACUAUUUAUUUUUAGAUGAACAUGUACAUCUAGUUAACCAUAGAGUGGCUGGUUUAAAAACAGAGGAUGAGAUCACCCUGUGCCUUGAGCCCAGCCUGGAGUCACAGGCUGCUCAGUCCAGUUGCAUUGAAUGGUAAGAUUUGGCCUUUUUUAUUCAUACUCAAUUUUGUGUGCAUCGGAGGGAAAAACACCUGAUAAUUAACUUCAGCACAGAGGAUCCAUUAUUGAUGCAAAAGCAGAAGCCUGGUGUCAGUUGGUGGGAGCCUCACGUACAGCUCAUCACAGAGUUCCGCUCUGCAUUUUAUUUUUAAGAGUUAAAGCAUUUAUACAUCAAUACCUGUGUGUUCCGAGGAUUACAAUUGCUGUAUGUCAUCAUAUACCCCAUGGAAUGGUUUUGUACAACAUGCAUUUUCUUUGCAAGCUUCUGUUUUCGAUAAGUACCACAGAGAAAAAAAAAAAGAGAGAGAAGCUAAGGAGACAGUACCUUGCAAUUGCAUUGUUUUUGCAGUGCUGUGUUGUGUUUGAAGAAAACUUAAAUAAAGUUACCUCAACGAAUAAA